AUGCACGGGCAGGUUGUGCGAGUCGCCCUCCGCCCGGGGCGCACUGCCCAGGGCCUGCGCGCCGCCCUCCUUCAGCAACAUCCCGCUUUGUCGACGACCACGGCAACCCAAGCUCAUACCUUUUCAACUACAUCGACUGUCCACGACGACGAGCCCAGAACAAACAGCACUAACAAUGCCGACGCCCCCUCCCUGUCCCCUUCCUCCGGCCCGAGCACCCCCCUCCGGCCUUCCUCCAUCGAGCGAUCCUCUGCCGCAGCCAGCCGACUCGCCCAACUGCGUCUUCGCUCCUCUGCUACUUCAUCACCCGACAACGUCUCCACCGAAGCAAACAGCGAAACCACAACCGCCGCCCGUCCCAGUGCCCGCGGCCCGGCCCCUCAAGCCGGCCGCCGCGCCAUCGACCUGCGCAACCUGAGCGCCACGGGCCCGGCGGCAGCCGGCAGCGGCAAGGUCCUCAACCUGCGCACGCUGCGCGGCGUGUUUCGCAAGAGCCCGGCUUCGCCUGUUGCGAGGAGCCAAAUGGCCUCCGGUACGUUCAGCAUCGCGCGGGGGAGCGCCUUUGGACGGGACAGGCGAGCCGAAGCUGCGGAGAGGGGUGAGGGUGCUAGGGCGGCUGCACGCCGCAGGCGGAGGGGCGCCAAACUUGUCCUUGGCAAGGGUGAGAAGAAGGAGAAGAAGGAUGCGAAGAAGCUCAAGUUUUCGCCGGCGGGCCAGGCGUAUCUCGAUCAGCUGGACCAGGGCACCGAGCAGCCUUACGUGCCGGAGGUGUCGAAGGAGACGCUGAGCGGGUACGGCGCGCCCGUAGCGACGGAUGUGGCGCUAGGGAAGGUCGAGACGGUGAUUCGGGCGAUGAGGUUGAUGGCCGGCGGCAUGGCGUUCAACAAUGAGUCGGGUGUCACGGCCGAUCUGACGGAUGUGCUCAACCGGUAUAAGAAGAAGCAGCCCGUGUUUUUACACAGCAAGGGCGAGAAGGAGUGGAUCGAGCGCGCCCUGCCCAAGCAUCACUUCUUGCCACCCGAUCCGGAGCUGAAGAAGGCUAUUAUUGAUGCUACCGUGCGCGGCAAGUAUGAUGAGGAGGCGACUAAAUUCGCCGAGCUAUCGGAUGUGCGCGGUAUCAUGGCCAACUUCCACUCGCGCACGCAUACCUACCGGGCGUCCGACUCUGAGAGGUUCAUCAAUAAAGUGCUUUCGCUACUGCCUGGCGGCGCGGAGAGCAGGCCUGAGGCGAAGAAGGCUCAAUAG